UCCACCACUCUCAAAUAAAUACAAUGUGAAUAACAUCACAAUUAUCUAGUGAAGAAAUUAAACAUACAAGUGACAACUAGUUAAAGAAUUUAAAAGUGAAGUGACAGAGAGAAAGUGAUAAGAAGUGACAAGUAUAGUGAACUAUGUACUAAGAGAAUGGACUAGAGACAACAAGAUGGCGUCGAGAACAAAAUGGCGGACGAAAUGCCGCCUCGGAGCUGUAUUGUUUGCAAUAUUAAUUCAAGUUGUUAACGGUUACGAAGAAACCUACACAAUUUCCCAACUAUCGCCAAAGUCUGUAAGCGACGACCAACUACCGGAAGGUGUUGUCCUACAAACCAGCCAGACUGAAAACUUAGCAUUUAACAUAGAACCUAGCUUAAUACAUGAUGGUCACAUCGAUGAUGUCGAUGAUAUCCCUCCGGAAGAUAUUAUCAACGAAGAAGAAAGAGAGAAGCAUAUAAUAGUAGCAAGAUCUGCUGAUCCUAACAGAGAAUCUAGAUCUAUAAACAUUGAGGACGUGCCUGUUUCUAAUAACAACGAAAUCGACAGCGAAAUAGAACUACAUAAUAAGAGAAAGUACUAUGAGAUUCAUCCAACGAAAACUGCAAAUUUUUAUAAACGAGAUGAUGACGAUGAAAUUUUAAUGUCUGAAGGGUUUGGAGAUAAAUUAGAAUUUAGGUUUCCGGGGGAAGGGCAGAGGGUCCCAAAAGCGCGUGCACUGAGCGCUAUGGGACCCCAAAUCAAGCCUACUGCAGUGCAACCCAUAUUCGCCACAGCCUCCCUUAAGGACCAAGGUCGACAAAAUACAGAAAUCCAGAACAUUAUUACUGGUAUUGUCAAGUUGUUAAAUGGAAACGUAAACGUUCAGGCUAAUUCCCAACUCUUGAAUGGACGACCAGGUCGGCCUAUGGCUUCCAGAAUCAAUAAUCGUGGACCACCGAGAAUAUCUGACGUUCCAGCAAUUAUACCAGAUUUUGAUAAACCUAUAACCCCGCCAACGCAUGUUUUCCACCCUACUAAAACUCCACCUCCAUAUCCCUUUGAUAGACCACCUCAUCAUGGUGUCAAUUUGCCUGAGCAAAUUGUGCCUCCUCUACCUCAUAGACCAGGGUUUCACAGGCCGUUGCCUCCUUGGCAAAGACCAAGACCAAGGCCACCAAAUCGAAGACCAAACCCUGGUCUUCCCAUGUAUAAACCUAUGCCUCCAAUUCCCCAAGAUCUUCCUGACUUAGAUGACUCUAAACCUGAUGAAGAACUUCCAUACAACGAAAACGAAACUAGUCAUUCGGAGAAUAAUAUUCAUCAUGAUGAUAAAGGAACCGUACCUAUAAUUAAUCUUCCCGAAUUUAACACCACCUCUAUUAAUAACACAACUACUACAAAUCAGGAAAAUAAUAAUUCUGAUAAAGACAAAGAAACGGAACAUGGCAGCACGGAUGAUUCAGAAAAAGUAUCCCUAGAUGAAAAACCGAUCACAACUACAGAAGCUACCUCUACUACUACAACAGAAACAACAACAUCAUCGACAACAGACAAACCUACAACAACUGAAAAACCCAUAACAGAAAAACCCACAACAGAAAAACCUUCUACAACUACUGAGAAAAAGACUGAAAAACCUACGAAACCUGACAAAAAGAAAGAAGUUGAGAAAAACAAAGACAAAUACAAACCUUUAGAAGAAAAAACUUCAAACAAAACUACAGAUAAAAUAAAAGACGAAACGUUAACAGAGCCUUUAAUAGAAUCAUCAAUAUUCGAGAUCAAAUCGCCAAUAGCACCAUCGAUUGCUCACCCAACACCAACAGAUGGUCUGAUCUCGCAUGCACCUACAAUCAGCGUAUCAAGUUCUAGCGAAAUCAUCAAAACGUCUUCUAUAAAUACACAACCUUCCCCAACACCUCAAGGCAUACCCUACCACCCCUAUCGCCCCCGACCAGGUAUAGUCCUGGACGACCCUGACUUCAAGCCCCACGGGUCUCGAUUACCAAUGGAGGUCCCAGUAAUUACAGCCACGGAAACCAGGCUGCCUCCAGGAUUUGGAGAGAUCUUUGAUGUCACUGUUUCAGCUAUUCAUGGUCCAGGAGGAGAAAAGGGUGGUUCUGUGCACAUUGAAAACAUUAAUCUCGGUGGUCCAGACCACGACGACAUCAUAGUAUCGGCGUCAGGCGACCAAGGUUUCGUAUCCAUCGAUGGCAAAAGGACGUAUCUAAACCUCUUCGACAGUUCUUCUGUGGGAGUUAGUGUUCGGCCAACUAGAGUGCAGAGUUUGCAGCAUUCGGUACCACCCCUCGUGCCGCCCCCACUUUCCAGUCCAAUAGGAACAGGAGUAGCCAUUCCAGCUGAUGACAUUCUACAGCCCCCUGUGAGGAGACCACAGGCGCCUCACCAGUCUCACCCACCACAGUCCCAUGCAAGUCAUCAUAGACCGCAGCAGCCGUACAGGAGACCACAGGCGACUGUUCGGAUCGACACUUGCAUUGUUGGAGAUGAUUCUACGUGUGACCAAGCGCAGAACGAGAAAUGCAGAACGGAAGCAGGAAUAUCAAGCUGCCAAUGUAGACCCGGUUAUGCUCGUCGGAUACACAGAGACCCGUGCCGGCGUAUUGUCUCCUUGGUACUCAAUUUGCGAGUCGACAAGCUGUAUGACAGAAAAAUCGCGUGGGACAACAAAUUAAUGGAUAAAGAUUCUGAUCCAUACCAGCAGUUGGCAUACGAAGCCGUAAGAGCUAUCGAUUCGGCAUUUUCUAUGACUCCUUUCUCCGAUGACUUUGUAAGCGGUACCGUGAACUCUGUCCACCGCGGUGACGAGCACAACCAGGGUGUUUUCGUCAACUAUACUAUUUUGAUGCAAGAAACCCCCGAAACACUCCGUUCGGCGAUCGCAACAGACAUACAGAAACAUCUACUAGGUGUAAUAAGACGACGUUCAAACAACGUUGGGGCGUCCGCCUUGUGGGUGGACACGCCAGCUGGAGCCGUUUUGCCUUUGAAUGAUUUGGACGAAUGUGCAUCGUCAGACACCAAUGAUUGUCAUCCCCUGGCGACAUGCACCAAUACAUGGGGAGGAUUCAGGUGCGCGUGUCCCGACUCCACUCUGGACGCGGCGCCGGGCGCGCGCGCGGGCCGCGACUGCAAGGCGUGCGCCGCCAGCCACUGCAACGAGCGGGGUCAGUGCCGGUACAAGGACGGCCAGCCUUAUUGCAGCUGUUCGUCAGGCUACUACGGUUCAACAUGUGAAGUCGAUGGCGAGGUGGUGGGGGUCGCAGUGGGUGCUUCGCUCGCUGCCGCGCUCGUCAUUGCCCUUACGCUCGCCGCGUUAUUGUCCUGGAGUCGUAAAUGGUCCCGUGAGCAAAAAGCGGCUGGCAUGGGGUCCCCUGUGUUCAGCUACAUGGCGGCCAGCACCAUCAAGGCACCUCCAGUAGGUCAACCGCCUUAUCAGAUCACUCUGGAAGAAAGACUGCGGUGGGCACAGAUUGCGGAAGCUAUGGCUCAGGCUAAUCAUUAUGCGCCAGAACCAGUUCAAACGAUGUCAACCAGACCAUCAUCGGCCAUGUUUGGAGGAUAUCCCACGUUGCCUCCUGUACCCAUGCCCAGAAUGGCUCUCCAAGGUCACCAUACGGGUACAAUGAACACCAUUGCUUCCAGAGUCAAUACAGCUUCUCAUCACAAUUUAUAUGGCUAUACAAAUCAUAUGGCGACAGAGUCCACGAGCUCCGAGGCCUCGAGCCACGUACAGGAGAGAGCUGACCUGCUCGUACCACGACCCAAGUCCAGAGCCAGAAGUAUGCAUAACCAAACUGGAAUCUACUAUGACGUCGAUUACGAGAACGCGCCCGAAGCGAUCUACGGGACAAAAGGUAUCCCAUUGUCAACCUAUACGGUUAGUAGGGGACCCCCGUUUUAUAGAAGUUAGAAAUAAUUAAAUAAGGAAUUUGUAAUGUAAAAAACUGUUUGGGCCAAUUCAGAUACAACAGUUUUAAGUUCUGUCUGGGUCGGCCCAAAAAAUCAACUUAUGUUUAAUCACUACAGAAGGGAAACUUAUUUCUGUUUUAUACUUUAAAAAAUGGUAAUUAGAGCCUAUUCUUACAGGUGCAAAGUCAUAAAAUUAAAAACUGUCUCACGCACACACCUAGGCAAAAUAUGAUAGGUGCUAUUUAUUAAUUAGAUCUGUCAAAAUUUAUAUCGG